GUGCGACUGGACGCGGGACGCGGGCUGCGCAUGCGCCUUCAUUACAUCUGCCUGCUGCUCCGUGCUGCCUGCGGGAGCGGUGGAGAAGACGCUGUUUGCCGCUGUGUCUCCCGCGCCUGUUAGGCGCAGCACGCCCGGAAACCGAGAGAGGCGAGGAUAGAGGAAGUGCUCCCCUCGGCUGUAUGAGUAGAAGCAAGAGUAUCUUCUUUCCGCCAGGCAAGUACCCGUAGGAACUGGGCCCCGCCCCCUUCCCGGCCUAUACUCCCAUCCCCUCUCCCUGGGCGGAGGUGACGACCUCCUUGGCUCCUCUGGUUCUGUCACUGAGCCCCUGCUAGCCAUGAAGCUCGUGAGGAAGAACAUAGAGAAGGACAAUGCGGGCCAGGUGACCCUGGUCCCCGAGGAGCCUGAGGACAUGUGGCACACUUACAACCUCGUGCAGGUGGGUGACAGCCUGCGCGCCUCCACCAUCCGCAAGGUACAGACCGAGUCCUCCACGGGCAGUGUGGGCAGCAACCGGGUCCGCACUACCCUCACUCUCUGCGUGGAGGCCAUCGACUUCGACUCUCAAGCCUGCCAGCUGCGGGUUAAGGGGACCAACAUCCAAGAGAAUGAGUAUGUCAAGAUGGGGGCUUACCACACCAUCGAGCUGGAGCCCAACCGCCAGUUCACCCUGGCCAAGAAACAGUGGGACAGUGUGGUUCUAGAGCGCAUCGAGCAGGCCUGUGACCCAGCUUGGAGCGCUGAUGUGGCGGCUGUGGUCAUGCAGGAAGGCCUCGCCCAUAUCUGCUUAGUCACUCCCAGCAUGACCCUCACUCGGGCCAAGGUGGAGGUGAACAUCCCUAGGAAAAGGAAAGGCAAUUGCUCUCAGCAUGACCGGGCCUUGGAGCGGUUCUAUGAACAGGUGGUCCAGGCUAUCCAGCGCCAUAUACACUUCGAUGUUGUCAAGUGCGUCCUGGUGGCCAGCCCAGGAUUUGUGAGGGAGCAGUUCUGCGACUACAUGUUUCAACAAGCCGUGAAGACUGACAACAAACUACUCUUGGAAAACCGAUCCAAAUUUCUUCAGGUACAUGCCUCCUCCGGACACAAGUACUCCCUGAAAGAGGCCCUUUGUGACCCUACUGUAGCUAGCCGCCUUUCAGAUACUAAAGCUGCUGGGGAAGUCAAAGCCUUGGAUGACUUCUAUAAAAUGUUACAACAUGAACCAGAUCGAGCUUUCUAUGGACUCAAGCAGGUAGAGAAGGCCAAUGAAGCCAUGGCAAUUGACACAUUACUCAUCAGCGAUGAGCUCUUCAGGCAUCAGGAUGUAGCCACACGGAGCCGGUAUGUGAGGCUGGUGGACAGUGUGAAAGAGAAUGCAGGCACCGUUAGGAUAUUCUCUAGUCUUCACGUUUCUGGGGAACAGCUCAGCCAGUUGACCGGAGUAGCUGCCAUUCUCCGCUUCCCUGUUCCUGAACUCUCUGACCAAGAGGAUGAUUCCAGUUCUGAAGAGGAUUAAUGAUUCAAACUUAAAAUUGAGACUGUCUUGUGUCUCACUCCUAAACUGUUAGAAUACAUUUCUCAGCAUCCUUGUGACAGAAAGCUGCAAGAGUGGCACUUUUUGAUUCAUACAGGGAUUUCUUAUGUAUUUGGUUACACUAGAUAUUUUGUGAUUGGCAAGUCAUGUAUUUAAACAAUAAAAGGAAAUAAUCUCCACAUACUAC